UGUAAAAUAAAAUUACAGCAAUAAAAGCCAAUUUCGUGUUGUGCUUUUCAUUUAUAUUUUUUUGGUCCUUGUCUUCCUCAGUCACUCGCAUUGCCAGGACAGAUCGCGAUCGACAUUGUGCUCUGGCAAACUGAGAGCAAAUAUUUAGUCACAAUAGCGACAGCCACAUUUGCCAUCGAUAGCGCAGCAUGGACAAAGCGGCGGAGGCAGCGACAGCAGCGGUGCAAGGCAGCUCACUGUGUGCCUUCUACUGUUGCUAUCUGCUGCACUCGCUCAACCCGAGAUCCAAAAACUACGUUUACGUGGGAUCGACGCCAAACCCAGUGCGUCGGCUGCGACAGCAUAACGGCGAAAUAUCUGCUGGCGCAUUUACGACGCGCAACCGCCGACCCUGGGAAAUGCUGGUAAUUGUGCGGGGAUUUCCGAGCAAGGCUUCGGCCCUGCAGUUUGAAUGGGCAUGGCAGAAUCCACACAUGUCACGGCAUUCAUCGUUUGACACAGUGCCCUUUGCUGUGAAGAGCGUGCUUUACGGGCCCACACAAAAGCGGCUGGAGACAAAGCUGCUCGCGCUGUGUGUCAUGCUGACAGUCCCGCCAUUCAAAUUUUGGCCGCUGACUAUAACCUGCCCCGACGCCCAGCUGCACUCGGACAUUGUGGCGAGGGCGCUGAAGCACGGUGUGCCUGGACACAUUAUAAUAGAAAAUGACGAGGUUGCGCGUGUGUUCGAGCAGACCCCACUAAGCAGCAUUUAUCUCGGGCCGCCGGCCCCAAACGAGCGCUGCUGCGUAUGCCGUGGGGCGCUUGACGAGGCCAGGCCCUGGGGCGCGUGCAGCUCGUGCCCCGCCUCCUGGCACUUGCUCUGCCUGGCCAACCAUAUGACCGGCAAAUCAGCGUCAGUGCCGCUUCUGCCAACGACAGCAGCGUGCUCGCAGUGCAAUGCCGAGCUUGUCUGGGGCCAGGCGGUUCGUGCAUUUGUACAGCCAGACAAAUGAAAAACGAACAAGGCAUGCGCCCAACUCAAUUGUCAAAAAUGUAUUUAUUAUCUUUUUUAAAAAAUUACAUAUACUUGUUGAUUUCUAAUGUAUUUAAAAU